AUGCUAGAAGCGCACUGCCUCAGCAUAGGUCUACAGGGUGAUGAAAACGGAACUUCAAUGGCCAGUGUCCCCUCGUCUUCUCCCCCCUUUGCUGAUCUAAACACUCCAUAUCCUCAAUCCAUUUACCGAUUUCUACAGCCUCCCAACGAUAAUUGCCAAGUGCCACCACUCCCUCCUGCUGAUUGCUCAGCAGUCGCAAGGGCGGCAGCAGCAUUUGCGGCUAUUGCUGCUCCUCAAGACCAUUCCACAUCUUCAUCUCCUAACCAACAAUGGUCAAAUGACUUCUCGACUUCUGUUAACCAGAGCUACUCCUAUGAAAAUCAACAAGGUCGGUAUUUACCCCUCCUUGAACCCACUUGGAUGUCUAGCUUAAUUAGCCCGUAUCAUAACUACCAUCAACAGAUACCAGCCUCUCUUGACCCCACAAAGGAUCCAGUCUACGCAGCAAACUACUUUUUCGCUGCAGCCGAAGCUGCAAAACAUUACGAGCCAUGUUCACUUACUCCAAACUCUACUAGACCAAUGAUUCCAACCAAUAGACGAUAUGCGGGGGCUCGGAGUAAUUGUGACUGUCCUAACUGCCAACAGAUUGACAGACUAGCGGCCUCAAAUCCAGAAUUGGCGGCAGAUUUGAGGCGUAGUAGUAAUACACAUAGCUGUCACGUGCCGGGCUGUGGAAAGGUGUACAGCAAAACAAGUCAUCUAAAAGCUCAUUUACGAUGGCACACUGGAGAGAGGCCAUUUGUGUGCAACUGGCUAUUAUGUGGAAAGCGAUUUCCGCGAUCCGAUGAAUUGCAGCGUCAUUUGAGAACACACGCAGGAGAGAAGAAUAUCGUUUGUCCGGUAUGUCAGAAACGCUUCCUGAGAAACGAUCAUCUGAGUAAACACGUGAAGACGCACUACAAUGGGAAGAAUGAGGAAGAGCCUAAUGAGAAUGCGGAUCAUCAAACGAAGAUGAAGAGGAUUAAGCUGGAGAUUAAAGAGGAGCAGGAGCGUGAGGAGAGUGAGACUGACAAGACCACCUCCAAGUGA